AGAUUUCAAAACCAGAAUGAAUAGCAAAAUGGCUGACACUACUGGCGACCAAGGAUUCCUUUCCAAUAUUGGGAAUAAACUUCAAGAUAUGGCUGGAGCUGCUGCCGAAAAGCUUUCUACAACGACGAACGGUGGAAGGGACCUUAUGCAGCCCUCAAUGAAUGACACCCAGCCAAUCCAGCAGUCCGAUCAAUCAUUCCAUAGCGAAUACAAAACCAAUGAUGGUCAGAAAACUGGAAAAGCAGCUUGUGUCGCUGCACAGAAUAACCCUACUCCAGGAAAAUGUUGCCCAGAACACAAUCAAGAUGAAGCGAAGGACUAUGGUAAACGAGUCUUUAUGUGAAAUGCGUCAGCAAAUGCGUAAGACGUUGGGAUGAUCGCAAGCUCGCGAUUUAUGUAUAUCGUGUG